AUGAGCCACAAAUCCAAGCAACCACCCACAAUCGGUAAGCUCAACAUCGCUAUGAGCUUGGGUGCAAAUGGGACGGAAACAAAUGACAUUGGAAAGAAGCUCCCGCACAGAUAUAAUGCACUGGAUAUCUUCGUGAUACCGCACCUACGACCCGAGAAGGUGGGCGAGUUCAUCAACGAGGGACACUUGCAUACUGUAUCCUAUGGUGGUGCCAUUCUCGUCUAUAGACAUGCCUCUAGAUUUUCACAUCACCAUAUGUUCGAAGGGCCGAGUGACGAAGAAGAUCUUGAAGAUAAUGGGCCGGAUGCCCUCUCAGCUCCUCAGCAUGUUGAUAAUGUCCUUACGUGA